AUGAGGACCGUCGCAAGAGAUAAUCUAGCAAAAUCUGUGAAUUACAAGUGUGGUAGUUGUGCCAUGUUGUACAGUGACUAUAAACAGUUGGUGGAGCAUUUGUACUGGCGGCAUGGCACCGAGAGUUACUUAUGCAAGCGGUGCAUGCUGCGCCAGUGGCACUUUGCUGCCCACAUAUGCAACGUAUUACCCACAGACGGGUCACAUUACGAUGAAACUAUACCCGCGAUAUCUCAAAACUGCUCCAAUAGAGAAACAGAGUAUUGUUUCUGUGGGAAAUACAUAAAUGAUUCUAACAUGAUAGGGUGUGACGGUCCACAGUGCACUUUGAAGUGGUAUCACUUCGCUUGUGUGGGUAUAGUGGUGCCCCCUGACGGCGAGUGGCUGUGCCCUCAAUGUGUUUCGCAGAUUUCCCGCUGUACUAACAUAGUUAAAUUCGACGGCCAGAGGCGGGAAGGAUAG